AUGUGGAUUUACAUUGAUCACCAAAAUGAACCAAUUCUCGAUUGGGCUGAUAACGAGGUUUUAGUAGAUGAUAUAAGUGAUGAUAAUGAGUAUGAAUUGGAUGAAGAAGAUGACAAGGAUUCAAAAAUUUCUGAUACUAUGAAAUAUGAACAUGAACGUGAUGAAGAGGUUUAUACUUUAGACAAAACUGUUGGAGACAAAUUUUUGAACAAACUUUUAGGUAAUAUAAGUGAUGAUGACGAAGCCAACAAUGGAAAAGAUAUGGAGGUUGUGUUCCCUGUCCGUGAUGAGACCAAGAAUGGGAUCAAAUGGCGCCAGUUGCAGGUAUGA